GGUGUAGUGUGAGCUUGAACUCGGUCGGGUUGUAACGUCGGUAGCGCGCACACCCCAGAGCUCGGCUGCGGCGCUCUGCUGCGCAUGCGCAUUUAAAAAAAUAAAACAUUUGAACCGCGGUGUCUCAUUGUUGUUUAUAUUCGAACAGACUAAAGUGAAGUGUUUGUUGACUAUUGGAACAGGUUCCCGUUUCGAAGGAUGCGUAACGAUAAAUAUGUGACGUGUAAGGAUAUGGCAUAAGUUCUUGGACUAAGUGUGAACAGCAUACAAAUCACAAUGCAUACCAUGGAUACCUUGGGCUACGGCCAUAAGAAGUACAGGCCACCACUUUCACCGACCAGCUUCUACCAACAUGAUUAUUACUCCAGACAUACGACGUUACGGCCUCAGAGUGAAUACCGGUUUGCUGGUGGAGGGUACCCGAGAGUGGGCAGUGGGGGUGGUAGUAGGGGAGGUGGUCUCUGCUCUGCGGCGCUGGUGGGGGGAGCUCUACUUGCCGCUGUUGCAGUCCUAGCUGUUGCUGCUCUAGCGUUUUAUAUGGGAGCUUUGAGACCAGACAAUGGAGAACCCAUAAUGACUUUCGAAGGCACGCUAAGAGUGACCCGCGGGGACGUGUACGGCGGAGCUCCCGGGAGUCCCGCGUGGAGGGAGAGGGCGCGUCGGUAUGGCGUCUCGCUGCGGCAGGUGUUCGCUGCCCCCUCGCCACUACGACAGGCCUUUGCUGGGGCUAUCGUAACUGGUUUCGGUGAUCGACGCUUAGAUGUACACUUCAGACUAUAUUUAGAUAGAAGAAAAAUACCGAGUUCCGUGUCAAACAUUGAAGAAACAUUGAAGAAUGUAAUAAUACAAGAUAUUCAAUCGAAACAUUCUGCUUUUGGCCAAAUAAAAAUUGAUCCAAGCAGUAUUAUUAUAAAAAGGGAUUUAGAACAUACAUAUCACUCAGAGCAAUAUGUAAAGGAAGCUCUUAAUGAAAGCUUAGCUACUAGUCACCCCAAAAUAUCUUCAACUCAAAACGGACAAGAUAAACAAAGCAGAGUAGGUGUUGUACGUAAGACAACAGUUAAACCAAAUCAAGAUAAAAAUAAAGAUCCAGAUGAACCUGAAAUUGAUACAGAAAAUAUACCAGUAGUACAGGGUUCUUUUGGAUCUUUUCAAAUUACUAAGACAGAAGCUGAUAUAACAGAAAAUAAACAAACCAAGCACGAUGAUAAAUACAAUCGUAAACACCCUUCAAUUACAAAAGCACCAAGAAACACAUCGACUACAACUACGACAUUAAAACCUACAACAAAAACUACUGCAAAAACAACUACAACAAGAAAAAUUUCAGUCACUACAUCUAAAAACCGACCAUUUACAAUAAAAUCAGCACUAAAUAUAAAGCCAAAAACGGAGGCUGCGAUAAAAAAAGAAACUGAAAGAACAACUAGCAAAUCACAACCGAUUACUAAAACUUCUACUACAACAAGUACAACAACUCCUACAAGUACUACAUUUUUAACUACAACAAAUAAUGUAUCUCAAAUAUUAUUUGACCUACUUACAAAUGAAAACCACGAUAAAGAUCUUCCCAAGAUUGAUACACUUUUUACGGUGCCGCAUGUAAUUGAUAAUGAACCGUGGCGCCCUAUCACUAGACCUUACUAUGAAACAAGUAGCAAAGUGCCAAUUAAAGAAGAAGAAAUAAGCGAACAAGGCCCUGAAGAGAGGAUUGGUGUUGCAGAAGUAGUGGAAGACAUUUCUGUUUUAGAGAGCAUGCUUACACCAAUACCACCUGCAAAACAUAAAGAAAAGCCAGUUGGUAGACCUGGUGGUUUGUAUAAUGUAGAUCCUAAUCUAGCCGCAGAUAUUUACAUUCCAAGUCCUGUUUAUACAAGCUUUACAUUACCUACAUAUGCCCCUCCUCUUAAAGACAUGGAAACCUUAGGUUCUAGUUACCCUAAACCUCACCCUUUGCCUGUAGACAAAAUAAGUGGAGUAGUUGAGGAUGUAUCAGAGUCAAAGCACAGUAUUGAUGAUAAUGACGGUAAGCCCAUUGAGCGCCCGCCUAAAGAUAAGACAACUUCAGUCUCUAUCAAUGUUAUGCAAUUCGAUCGCAUUGAUAAUGAUACGGAAAAAAUAUUUGUCGAUGGAACAUCUAUUGUAAAAAGAAAUAAUACAUCUACAUCUACAACGAGUACAAUAACUCCAACAACUAUUGAAAUUAUUAGUACAAGUACCAAUAAUUAUAAUAUAAGUGAAACACCAUUGAAUGUUUCGACAACUAAAAGAAGCGAUGAACAACAUAUUAAAGAACAUUCAACGAAACGACCUAAUAACAAAGUUUCAUUGAUUCCUUCCACAAGUGCACCAAUUCACACAUGGGAAUUAGUAAAUACUUCUACUAAUAACAAUAAUGAUUCGGUGAACAAAACAGUACCUGAUAAGUAUUACAACGACACAUUACAAGCCAUUAUUACAAAAAAUGAUGCUUCGUUUCCAAAUACUACACCAAAAUUUCAAAGUAAAAUUUCAAUCCUUCGAAAUUUGACCGAUAUUAUAAAGAAAUACACUCAAACUACAUCUGAAAAGCCACCGGAACGCAGAUUUGAUAUUGUGAAAGAAGAGACUUCAAAAACGAAUCUCUCCAAUAUAGACGACGAUGAUUCAAUGACUGGGUCUGUUGAGGUCGUAUCCGACGAAGAACUGGAAAUAACUACACCAGCUGUUAUUACACUACUACCAGCAAAAUCAAAUCUUGGUAUGAACAGACCAUUGAGACCCAGACCCAAAAUUGAACCACCAAGAUUCAAAGAAAGUGUUCGUGGUUUUUACAGCGACGUCCAUGAACCAAACUUAAGAGACAAUUUAAAUGAUUUCAAAGAAGUUAUUCCAGAAGCCUCUGAAAUAAUAACAGUUGCUACGAAUAUGGACGAAGGCUAUGAAUAUGACGGACAAAGUUAUUUGACUAGCGUGAGAGACGCGAUAAAAGUUGAUGAUAGUACACAAAAUAUUCAUAGCAACAAUCGAUUACCAAAAUCAAAUGAUAAUUUCACAAAAUUUAUUCCUACUGGAACUGAUAAGAUCAACACAACUUUUGUUCCUCAAGGAACGUAUAGAGUUUCUUAUCAUGUAACAGGAAGCGUUAGCAGUAAACAAGCAAACAAAACUAAAAUUUUACCGUCUUACGAAUUAGCAUUAGAUCCUGAUGUAGUUUUGGAGAUACCCGUAAACCAAACAAGUACACUGACAGUGGAUAAGUUAAAACAACUCGCAAGUCUUGCUACAAUAUCAGAUUAUAAUAAUAACAGUUUAUUCCGUUCACCUGGAGGGGUUAUAUCAACGAAAGCUAUUCCAUCUAGUUAUACCCUCAAUCAAGCAGGAUUUAAAAUAUUAACAAAAACUUAUAAUAAAAUUCAACCAUCAAAACAAGACGAAAAUAAUUUUGAUAAUUCAGAAAAAAGUAAUAGUAAACCUUAUUAUGAAAAACCCCAUAAAGAAAAGGAAAAAGUCGAAAAAGAUGAAUGCAAUAACGCAACGUCUUUUCGAUGUACAUCAGGGACAUGUUUACCUUUAACGUCUAGAUGCAAUCGACUCAUAGAUUGUCCGGACGGAGAGGAUGAGCGAGCGUGUUCGUGCGCGGACUAUUUACGAGCAGAGUUUUCUCAGGCAAAAAUAUGCGACGGUGUCGUGGACUGCUGGGAUUAUUCUGACGAGAAAAAAUGUGAAUGGUGUGGUGAAGGCCAGUUUGUUUGUGCGAACGCUCAACAGUGUGUGGAAAUGAAUAAAGUUUGUGACGGUAACCCUGAUUGUCCUCUUGGUGAUGAUGAAAAAAGUUGCGUCGCCCUAGGGGACGAAAUGACAGAAGAUAAUGAAGUUAUACCGUAUAAUGAAGAAGGCUUCGUGAUGGUCAGAAAACGUGGUGUUUGGGGACGCCUUUGUGUUGAAAGCUUUGAAGACGUCGUAAACGAAGCUCAUAGUUCUUUGAAGUUACCUGAUCUCGGUCGAGCGGUCUGCCGAGCUAUGACAUUCCAGGAUGCCCCCUUGGUACGCGAAGCAAGAGAAGGCAGGAAAGUGAGUUCAGUCGGAUACUGGGAGGUGUGGCAUAAUGCGAACGCACGAGCUGCUGACACAAGACUGACGUUCAAGCGGGCCACGUGCGCGAGACACCGGGCUCUGCGCGUGCGCUGCAAGGACUUGGACUGCGGGAUACGACCUCAUGCUGAUGCGCAACAACCGAGGGAUGUUAAUCGCCAUCGGUGGGGCAGGGUGGUCGGCGGUGGCGGUGCGGCGGCGGGCGCGUGGCCGUGGCAGGCCGCGCUGUAUCGAGAUGGGGACUUCCAGUGUGGAGCCACGCUUAUAUCGGCGGAAUGGCUGCUGUCUGCUAGCCAUUGUUUUUACCAAGCAACCGAAGCUCACUGGGUAGCGCGACUAGGCGCUUUACGACGUGGCGCAUGGCCACGUGGGCCUUGGGAACGAAUCGCACGAGUCCGCCAAGUGGUCCUACACCCGCGAUAUGCGCCACGUGGUUUCCGAAAUGAUAUAGCUCUGUUACGAGUGGACCCGCUCCCGUUGCACGCGAGAUUGCGGCCCGCGUGCUUGCCCCCACCACGUGCGCAACCGCCCGCAGGACAACACUGCACUGUUGUUGGAUGGGGACAGCUGUAUGAACAUGAACGGGUGUUUCCUGACACGCUUCAAGAAGUAGAACUGCCAGUGAUAUCAACAGCAGAAUGCCGUCGUCGAACGCGCCUGUUGCCGCUAUACCGUGUGACAGAAGACAUGUUCUGCGCGGGCUACGAGCGGGGCGGUCGAGACGCGUGCCUUGGUGAUUCGGGCGGACCGCUUAUGUGUCAGGAAUCAGAACGGUGGUUCAUUUAUGGCGUCACGAGCAAUGGUUACGGAUGCGCCAGAGCGAAUCGUCCCGGAGUGUACACUAAAGUUUCCAACUACAUCGAUUGGAUCGAUAGCGUCAUGGAUAUGUACACACCCAAAAAGAACGAAACGACAUUUUCAAGCAACGAAACGGAAUCCGAUGAUGAUUUCUACGCUGAUUUGGAAACUGCCGAGAACAAAAGGCCUAAAGUUACGAAGACGUUUGAUACUUGUAGAGGAUUUAGAUGUCCCCUUGGAGAAUGUCUUCCAGCGUCCAGCGUGUGUAACGGCUUUCUGGAAUGUUCCGACGGCAGUGACGAGUGGCAAUGCAGCCAAUUAGAAUUUAACUCCACUAGAUUUAAUCCAGAUUGAGAGUUUAUAAGCCAGUAAUGAUAGAUUAAAAUCGACUUCGACUGAUAUUUUAUAAGUAGAUUAAGUGAACUAGAUACGUAAUUGUUUUGAGCUGAAUCUCAUAUUACUUGUAUUCUAUAUUUACCUUUGGGCUUUGUACAUAUAGCUGUAAUAUUAUACUUUCGCCCGAUUAUACUUUGUAGUGCUUCGAGAUAUUAUUUAUUGCGUUAUCAUGGAUAACCUUUUCCGUUUGAACUAGCGUAUUUUAUUAUUUUCAAAUGGACGAUGUGAGCCAUGAAUAAAAUCCGACUCUACACGA